CAACAACAACAACAACAAGGUGUGAUACCUGAAAAUGACAAAGAAAAAUCUAACGAUGAUUUGGAAGAAAUUUCAGAUGCUGAGGACCUAAACGAAAACAUUGAUACAUAUGUGGAUGAGGGCCCCCCAGCCCCGCCACCGCCACCUAUGCUUAGUUCAGGUUCGAAAUUUAUGCCUAUUUAUAAAAUUAGCAGUGAGACACCUACGUCAAUAUUUCCAUCCACGGCAAUUGCCAAUGAAAAUAUACCUAAAAUGUCGGCGAAACAUGUGCAAAUGUCAUUCCCAAGCGUUGAAAAUCAAAACACAAUUUCUGUCGAUGAGAUUUUAUUUAAACCGGGACGUUUAACGCGACCCAAAAAGAUAUGUGUUAUAUUAAGAGGACCACCCGGUAGCGGUAAAUCGCAUGUUGCGAAAUUAAUCAAAGAAAAGGAAAAAGAAAUGGGUAGCGGAAAUCCACGUAUAUUAAGUGUUGAUGAUUACUUUUUAAUUGAGAAUGAUUAUGAAGAGAAAUGCCCAAAAACUGGCAAAAAGAUACCUAAAAAAGAGAUACUAUAUGAAUAUGAUAGCGAUAUGGAAGAGACAUAUAUGCAAUAUUUGAUCAAAUCGUUUAAGAAAACGAUUACCGAUAAUUUAUAUGAUUUUAUUGUGAUCGAUUGUAAUAAUAAUUCAUUACGUACUUUGAAUGAAUUCUAUUGUCAUUCAAAAGAUUCGGGAUUUAUGCCAUAUAUAAUUGAUUUAUUUUGCGAUUUGGAAACUUGUCUUAGUCGUAAUAUACAUCAACGUUCCGUGGAUGAUAUUAAAAGUAUUAUCGAUACGUGGAAACCUACGCCGUUGCACUACAUCAAAUUGGACGUUUCUACUUUGCUUGAAAAUGUUAUCGAAAUGGAGGAUGCCGAAAAUGUCGCCGUGGAUGAAAAUAAAGCAGUAGAGAAUAAUGAAAACGAUUCCGGGAACCAAAUGGUUUCCGAAGGUGGAAACGAAGAUAAAGAUAUCGAAGAUGAUAGUAAUGAUGGAUCUGUAAACACGACAGCACCUUGUGUUAUUCGUUUUCUGUUAGUAAGAGACCACGCAGCGAUGAAAUACAGAGCAAACACUGCAGGAUGAAUGACACACUAAAUCGGGACCUCAUAAAAAUAUCUGGAUGGGGUCGGUAAGCAGGCUAAGCUAUAACGCCAUCAAAAUCCAAAGCUGUCUCCUAGCGUACAGAAAAAGUUAUGAACAAUCCCUCUCUUUUGGUGGUGGCACUGUAGAAGAAUCGACAAUUUCUGAAGUCCUGGGAAUGAGAAUACAAAACGACGUUCGUUGGAGAGAAUAGGCGUUUAAAGGGGCGAAGGCAUAGUCAAGGGUUUAGGUUUUCCAAAGCGAUGUAGACAAUACUUCACUGCAAAAAUUAGGGUAUAAUUCGCAUAUGUGAUCGGGAGCCUCCAAACUUUGCACGGAAGAUGUCGAUCGCACACAGCGAAAGGCUUUGAUGCUCAUAGACGGCAAAAAUGUGUCCAGAACUCUCGAUACCAUUGAACAUCGGUGUAAUGUGGCUUGUGUUGCGCUUAUCUGCAGAUACAUUCAUAGCAUGUGUUCUACGCCAAUAAAGCCCAAGUUAUAAGUAAAAAAAAAGCAAUCCCACCAAAUAAAGCCUUCAACAGGACUACAUGUCUGUCUCAGCUUUUUCAUCUACUCGCCUUGGACUUACCCGUACACCACACAAUACAUUGUCACGACGCGGGGUUUUUUAACCGUACUGCCUACCUUAGCAACGUCUUAUCAGCAGUGUUUUUUUCUUUUCUUUACGUAUUGGACAGAGGACAUGUCCAGAGUUGGCUGAUCAUAGGAAAAGAAAUGAACACAAGGCUUUCAAUUGAGUUGGGCAUGCAUCUCUUAUCUGUUAGGUCCACAUGAACGUGAAUACGCGACUAAAUUUUGUUAUAUAGCUAGGAAUACGUUUGGGACUAUUUUUGGGGAAAGUUUUAUGUUCAUACUAAUGAUAAUAAUAACCUAAGGAUUGCACCGUCCUAGGCGCCCACAACUAACAGAGAGCAAAUUAAUUUUCAAACGGCAGAAGCAAAUAUCUUACAGCUUAUUCAUUAACUUGACAAAAGGUGAAUCCAGACCAGUGGUGGGCGACUAUUUUC